AUGAUAUCAGAACGGACAUACCAACUAUGUCGAGAUCCAAGGAGCGUGACUUCUGAGCUGGCCAAGAAUCCGUCCGAAGCCCCAGAGCACAUCGCGAAGAGGCUCUAUGGCACGCAUCCUGAGCACGCUGCCGACCAGGCCAACGAUACUGCCAACAUCGAUGAAAAGAUCGACCUCGAUCGCGCGUUCGAUUGCGGCAGAUGGGGCCAUACGAGGCCGAGCGAGCUGUUCUUGAGAAUCUACCAUGACGUCCUCCUCUCUUACAACGCCGACCCACUCGUCAACGUCUGCUCUCCGUCCCUGACCGGUACCCAUGGCGUCUGUCCGCUACUGAUCAUCUCCGGCAUCCCAGAUAUUGCGCGCCACAUGUCGAACUUGAUUGUGCGCGCGGAGCACGAGGUGUUCAUUGCGACGAACUUCUGGAUGCAUUCGGAGCCGGCGCAGCUGAUCUCGAAUGCUAUUAAGGAGUUGUCGAGAAGGAUGAGCGAGGUUGGUAGGAGGGUAGUGGUCAAGGUGCUAUAUGAUCGGGGAAGUGCAAAGCAGUUCAUCAAGAAUCACCAGAAAGUCCCUGAGGCCACUUACGCGGACCCUAAUGGAGCUAUCAGACUGCCUCAUCCCGAGGAGAUACCUAAUGUCGACAUCGAGGUCGUGAACUACCAUCGGCCAAUGUUGGGCACGUUCCACGCAAAGUUCAUGGUCGUCGACAGGCGAAUUGCUCUGGUGCAGUCCGACAACAUCCAGGACAACGACAACAUGGAGAUGUGCGUACAGCUGGAGGGACCGAUUGUCGACUCGAUCUACGACACCGCCAUCACAACGUGGAAUGAUCCCCUUGUUCCACCACUACCAUUACUCAGCAGUUCAGCAACAGACACGCACCCGCCAACCUUUCAGCUGGGCAACCAUGGCUCCCUAUUUCAUGCAAAUGGCAGCCAGGUGAAGACAUACAGCGAGGACCUGGCCAACGGCAACGUUGACCUCACAAAAGUCGCCAGCGAGGCGGCUCAAACAACACUUCCGCAACACACAUCAUCAGCUCCACACUACGACCCAGACCUAGGCAGCGAGCUCCUCCGCUCAAUAGCCGCCAUGAACCCACAUCCUUCCGAGCGCCGCAUAGAUGCCAUCGCCCGCCAUCUCAACACGAUGAGCAGCAACAACACCAAAGCCAACGCCCCAGACAUCACACGUCCAGAGGACAUGAUCACCCCUCUCAUUCCCGUCCCCGUCCACGAUCCCUUCCCCAUCGCCAUGGUCUCGCGUCCACCCUACGGCGCACCAAACCUCUCCUCCCUCAAAGUCCCUCAGAACAUCGCCUUCAUCUCCGCCCUCCGCAACUGCAAGAAAUCAAUCCUCAUCCAAACCCCCAACCUCAACGCCCAAGACCUAGUCCCCGAACUCCUCGCCGCCGCACGGCGCGGCAUCAAACUGGACCUAAUCACCUGCCUUGGCUACAACGACGCCGGCGAGCUUCUUCCCCUGCAGGGCGGACACAAUGAGGGCGUGGCGCAUAAGCUGUACAAAGAGCUCGAGCCUGAGUUUCAUGCUAACUUGGAUAUGUACCACUACAUCGGGAAAGAUCAGAUCGCGCCGAUACACAACAGUCACAAGGCGAGGAGCUGUCACAUUAAGCUGAUGAUCAUCGACGAGGAGAUUGCGAUUUGUGGGAGUGGGAAUCAGGAUAGUCAGAGUUGGUACCAUUCACAGGAGAUCAACGUCAUGAUGGAAAGUUCCCUAGUCGUCCGAAAACUAGAGGAAGGCAUCCGACGGAACCAGAACACGUGGAAGUACGGCCUGGUAAGAAAGGGCGAUGCGUCGAAGGACAAGUUGGUGGGCUGUUGGGUUGACAAAGAUGGCAAGAUGGCGGACGGCUCGAUAGGUGCGGACGCUGGGAAGAUGGCGUGGUUCAAGGGUGUCAAGGGCGCCGUCGAUCGUGUGAGAGGUGUUGGUGGAUUUUGA